AUGAAGACAUUUAGCAUCCUUCUCAGCAACUUCGCGGCCUUGGUCGCAACCCAAACCCUUCCUGCGAACUUUCCCACAUGCGGCACUACUUGUUUCACUGGCUUGCUUGCACAAGCCGGCAACUUGGGCUGUAGUGCAACGGAUUAUUCUUGCCUCUGCACGCGACCACGCUUUCUAUUCGGGGUCAGGGAUUGCGCCAACCAAGCGUGCCCGAACGCUGGUGAUGCUCAGACUGUCAUAGAUUACGGAGUCGCCUUUUGUGCCAAUGUUGGAGUUGCUAUAUCUGAUAUCUCUGUCUCCAGUACUGCCUCUGUCUCUGUCAGCCCUACUACCACUGUCUUCUCCAGCGAUACUGCAUCAAGUGGCGCGACAGGUGGCGGCGCAGGCGGUUCCCAGUCCUCUGCAUCUCAGACCGGCAGCGCUGGCGGCGCAUCCUCUACACCCGUUUCGACGGUUGCCAUAGUGGGUACUGACAGCGCCGGGUCUGCCACAACCACCGAGUCGUCUACAAUAUACAGUAGUGUUAGCGGCGGUGCGAGUGGAGCGGGAUCCAACUCCGCUACCUCGGAAACUGGCAGCUCAACUAUCACCGUAUCGAACGAAAGCACGACAAUGACGACAGAGGUGCCCGUCUCUCACACGAGUGGCGGUUCUGGAACGUCUGGAUCAGGACAGACAAGCACAUCCAGCUCAGCAUUCGCUCCUCAGAGGACUGUUGGUCCGGCCGGCGUCAUCGCUGCGGUAGGUGCCGGGUUCGCCAUAUUGUUGUGA